AUGGACAUGGCAACACUGUCUGUGCCACCACCAACAUCCACUAGCGAAGGUUUUGGAACCAAUGACUCAAGAAAUGCCAUGAAAAUGGAUCGGUACCAGAGGGUUGAGAAGCCUAGGGUGGAGACUCCGAUUGACGAGAAUGAGAUUCGGAUUACGAGUCAGGGGAGGAUGCGAAGCUAUAUCACUUAUGCCAUGGGUCUGCUUCAGGAAAAAGGUUCUCCAGAAAUUGUGUUCAAGGCAAUGGGUAGAGCUAUCAACAAAACUGUAACAAUUGUGGAGUUAAUUAAGAGGAGAAUUAUUGGUCUUCAUCAAAUUACCUCAAUCAGAUCCACCGACAUAACUGAUACAUGGGAGCCCCUGGAGGAAGGCCUUCUCCCCUUGGAAACCACUAGGCAUGUUUCGAUGAUCACCAUAAUUCUAUCAAUGAAGGAGCUGGAUACAUCAUCUGUUGGCUAUCAGCCUCCACUUCCAGCUGACCAGGUGAAGGUGGCGACAGAAUUUGAUUAUGAACGAGAGGGAUCACCUACUAAUUUGGGUAGGGGUCGUGGUGGUAGAGGAAGGGGGAGGCCGAGAGCCAUAUCUGGCAAUGGCUAUGCACAUGCUGAAUAUGAGGAUGGAGGUUACAAUCGGGGCUAUGCCAGGGGUAGAGGUCGAGGACGAGGUCGUAAUUUCCGUGGCCGUGGAAGGGGAGGGUACAAUGGUCCACCAGUGGAUACUCAGCAAGAUGCUGUAGGCUACAAUCAAGAAGUGCCUUUUCGGGGCCGAGGUCGUGGCCGUGGAAGGGGAACUCGUGGGAGGGGUCGUGGCUUCAGAUCCAAUGGGCCAAUCCUUGCUGCUGCUGGAGGGGCUUAG